UACGCCUUACAGUGAGAGACAUGAGUUCAACCAAUGGAAUACGUAGAAGUGUAACAUUGUGGCCAAUGAAAUGAAAGAAUUCUCCAAAACUUCCGGUUAUGAGUUUCCCGUUUGAAACAACAGUUUACUGAGUGCGUGCAUUGACCGAACGAGAAGAAUAUGGGUCGACGUAAGUCAAAACGGAAGCCACCUCCUAAGAAGAAGCUGACGGGAAAUCUGGACACCCAGUUCACCUGUCCAUUUUGCAACCACGAGAAGUCAUGUGACGUCAAAAUGGAACGCAGUAGAAAUACAGGAAUAAUAUCCUGUACAGUUUGCUUGGAAGAAUUCCAGACCCCUAUUACCUAUCUUUCAGAACCUGUGGACGUUUAUAGUGAUUGGAUAGACGCUUGUGAAGCUGCCAAUCAGUAGCAUUCCCAGUCAUUCCAAUGAAUGUCAAAAAAAAGGAAAUUAGUUAGAGUAGUUUGAACCACUGUCUGUGUUAGUCCAUAUUUAUUUCUAGUCUUAAAUUCAGCUACAGUGAACCUUAAGGAGGCAUCUAGAGUCAUUUGUUGAAUAUGUUGUUCUUUACACAUAGAAAAGUUGUGUUGUUUCGUGUGUCAGAUUUAUUCCAUUGACUCUGAAUGGGCACGCCUCCCGAAGGUGACACUUAUAGCCUAGGUCUCCAAAGCGCUGUCUUAUGGGAAUCAGUCUCUUCGUAUUAUCUAGGGAAAUGGUUGUCUGUGCAGCCCAUCUGGCUUCAAAGAGUAACCUAUCUGAAUCAAUGCAUGGGCAAUGAAGGUAUCUGUUCAUUAAUAUAGGCUAAAUUUCGAAUCCCCGAUUUGGCAGAAUUGCGUCUACAAAACAACCACCCAUUUUUUUUUUAAUGAACCAGUGCUAAUUCAGAUGCCAUGCUUUGUGUAGAACUGACGUUGAUGCCUCCUGCUGAAUCUCUUUAUGGGUGAACGCAUAGUGACCCAUAGCAGCCUUGAACAGGCUAAAUAUAGAAGUUUGCAGCCCACCAUGUUAUGUUUGGUUGAUUUUAUUUGAUUCCUUUUUUGAAAGUUAGCACCAUCAAGGUUAGUUCGUGCAAGGAAACCAUGGGCUAAUCGUAGUACUUAUAUUAUCAAAUGAUGAAUAAAUUGCAAUAUCAGAGAAUUUGUAAUUGAUUCCAAAUCCUGCCUGUUGGUAAUUUCUUUCUUUUUUUGCCUUGGUAAAAAAGAGAUUUCCUCCUGAAUCAACAUAGGAAGUCCUUGUCAGAUGUACAAUUUUGGACUUCUUCGUGAAAUACAGUAUAUUAUUGUUAUUUUGUAAUGGCCUGAUCCCUUCACUUGAGUCCGCAUAUUCAAAUGUUUUGUACUGAAUCACACCAUUUUAUGGAUUUCAUAAAGUAACUAAAAUCUCUUGGUUUGGUAUCUGUAAAAAAAAUGAAUUCUUUUCUGCAUGUUGUAAUUUAACUAAAAAGUAAAACGAGGGUUGACACAACCUGGUGCCAUUAUGAAAAUGAUCAGUAUUUGUCCCUAUUGAUCCUGUGUUUUGGUUUUUCUUUUGAUCAUUGAAUUAAUAAAUUGAUUUCACAAAGGCAAAA